CUUCGCAGAUCACCGGCAUUGCGAUCUUGCGCUCCGCACUACCCUCCCAUGUCCGCUCCCCGCAGCCUGCUGGCUGCGCGCGCCGCGCUGCGCCCGGCCGCCGCCGUGGCUUCCCCCGCCCCGCUCGCCGCUCUGUCGCUGGCGGGCUCGUCCCGCCUCGCCUCGACCUACACCCCCGGGCGGACAUUUGAGCGCAAACGGCCCCCGCGCCCCCGCCAGUCGACCUACUUCACCGCCAAGGCGGACCUCACCGCGGCCCUUCUGAGCCUGCACGCGACGCGCGUGCAGGCCGAGGAGCGGCUGCGGGCUGAGCUCGUCUGGCCGAUCCCGAAGGGUCUGCCGCACCUCGAUGCUCCCCCAACGGCGUGGAAGAGCCGCGACAACAUGCGCAUGGUGAUGCGCGCGAACCGCGACUACGACAACCUCGUGUCCCUCCUCAGCAAGAUGCACCACAUGGCGCACGUCGCAUCCACGUGCGGCGUGCACGACGUCGCGGCGCGGCUGCAGGCCGCUGUGGAGCCGUACCAGCGCUCGGAGCGUGUGGCCGACCUCGCGGCGCGCGCAGCGGCCAAGAGUGCGCGCGGGGCUGACCACGGCAUUGAUGCGUUUGGGCGCGCGUACGCUCUCGGUCGCAGGAAGAGUUCGAGCGCGCGUGUCUGGGUUGUGCCGUCGCAGGCGGCGCGCACCCUCGCUGAGGUCAAGGAAGGGGAAGAGGCCGCCGUCUCCGCUCCUACCUCCGAGAUCCUCGUCAACCACCUCCCCCUUCCGGAGCACUUUGUCAAGGUUGCCGACCGUGAGGCUGUCCUCCGCCCCCUCCGCGUGACGGGCCUCCUGGGCGCUUUCAACAUCUUCGCGUCCGUCCGCGGCGGCGGCUCCACUGGCCAGUCGGGCGCCAUCGCCCACGCCGUCGCACAGGCUGUCACCCUCCUCCGCCCCGACGCCCACGACGCCCUCUUCAACGACGGUGCGCUCGGCCGCGACCCCCGUGUCGUCGAGCGUAAGAAGACUAACCGCCCCAAGGCGCGCAAGGGUUACACCUGGGUCAAGCGUUAAGUUGGGUAUCAUUUCCCUACCACUCGAGCAUGCAUCAUUCUGUAUUGACGAGGGUGCUGAUGAAGUGCCAGCGCCAGUGGUAGCUGACUGUGUGGGCAGGAGAGAACGCUCGGCAGAUGCCGGAUGUCGCUCGCCUUCUCCUCUCGCAACCUGCUAGUGGGACUGCGGCGACCCACUGGAGCCUACCAGGCACGCCGCAGAAGGCACAUCGUGUGCAGCAGAUAAAUGGAUGCGCACGCAUCAAUUCUAACACAGAGCGCCCUAUCGACGGGCGACUGUACAACACGAUAUCUAUCACUUGCUCCAAGAGCCCCGCUUCCCUACCCUCGGCUCCGCCGGCCGUUCAUCUUCUCCUCGUACUUGACACGCUGGGUGCGGUCAACGACCUGGACGUAAUACCGCCCGCCAUCGCCCUUCCACGACACCCAGUCCGAGAAGUACUGGUGCGAUGUAGAGCGGAGGAUUGC